AUGUCCAGAGGCCCGGGCUCGGCGGUCCUCCCCGCCACCGUCGGGUUCCGGAAGCCCGCCCCGCGGAGCCUCAGCUGCCUCUCGGACCUGGACGGCGGCGCGGCCCGGGAGCCGCGGCCCUGCCGGCCCCCGGGGAGCCCGGGCAGCGCGCCGCCGCCGCCGCCCGCACCGUCCGGCUGCGAGCCCCGCCUGCGGCCCAUCAUCCUGCGGCGGGCGCGCUCGCUGCCCAGCUCGCCCGAGCGCCGCCAAAAGGGCGCGGGCGCUCCGGGCUCUGCGUGCCGACCCGGCUGCAGCCGGCAGCACCGCGUGCGCUUCGCCGACGCGCUGGGCUUGGAGCUGGCACAGGUCAAGGUGUUCAAUGCGGGCGAAGACCCGUCAGUGCCGCUGCACGUGCUGUCGCGGCUCGCCAUCAAUUCGGACCUGUGCUGCAGCAGCCAGGACCUGGAGUUCACUCUGCAGUGCCUGGUGCCCGACUUCCCGCCGCCCGUCGAGGCUCCGGACUUCGGCGAGCGCCUGGGGCGCCAGCUUGUGUGCCUGGAGCGCGUCACCUGCUCGGACCUGGGCAUCAGCGGCACGGUGCGCGUGCGUAACGUGGCCUUCGAGAAGCAGGUGGCGGUGCGCUACACCUUCUCGGACUGGCGCAGCGCGCACGAAGUGGCGGCACGGUGGCGCGGGCCUGCGGGCUCCGGCGGCUCCGAGGACGUCUUCGCCUUCGGCUUCCCGGUGCCGCCCUUCCUGCUGGAGCUCGGCUCCCGCGUGCACUUCGCGCUGCGCUACCGUGUGGCCGGAACCGAACACUGGGACAACAACGACGGCCGCGACUACAGUCUCACGUGCCGCAACCACGCACUGCACAUGCCGCGCGGGGAGUGCGAGGAGAGCUGGAUCCACUUUAUUUGA